CACAGACUCCAUGGAAGAUCUAUACUACUUCUUCUUCUUCCUAACCCUAACCCUCAUCAUCAUCAUAAAAUUCAUCCUCCGCCAUCGCCGUCGCCGGAAUCUACCUCCAAGUCCACCGAGCCUACCAAUAAUCGGUCACAUCCACUUAAUCAAUAAAACCCCUCAACACAAAUCUCUCUCAACCCUCUCAUCAAAAUACGGUCCAAUCCUCUUCCUCAAAUUCGGUUCUCGCCCAAUUCUCCUAAUCUCCUCCCCAUCCGCCGCCGAAGAAUGUUUCACAAAAAACGACAUCAUUUUCGCCAAUCGCCCACAAACCAUGGCCGGCGACCACCUCACAUACAACUACACAACCUUCGUCUUCGCUCCGUACGGCGAUCUCUGGCGCUGUCUCCGGCGAGUAUCCGUUAUCGAACUUUUCUCUUCUAGAAGUCUCCAGAAGUAUUCAUUUAUUCGCGAUGAAGAAUCAAACAUGCUUGUUCAUCACCUGAUAAAGAGAUUUUCAAAUGGAGAAAACAAGAUCCGGUUGAAUUAUUGGUUACCCGUUUUGACUUUUAACAUGAUGAUGAGAUUGGUUUGCGGCGAACGCUGCGUUGAGUAUGAGAUGGCGGAAUUGGAGGUGGGUAAGAGAAUUGUUGAUGAUAUUAUGGAUCGGUUUGCUCCGGGAACGCCUUUGAGCGUUUGCGAUUAUUUUCCGAUCUUGAAAUGGAUUGGUUAUAAAGGGAUGAAGAAGAAGGUUAUGAUUCAUCAUAAGAAGAGAGAUGAGUUCUUGAUUGGGAUGUUGGAUAAAUUUCGAAAACAGGGGAAAUUGAAUUCAAUCAGUUUCAUACAAAGUCUCAUAAAUCUUCAACAAUCUGAUCCUCACUUUUAUUCAGAAGAUGUUAUCAAAAGCUUAAUCUCGAUAAUGUUUAUUGCGGGAACAGGAACAUCCAUGAUUACCAUGGAAUCAGUUAUGUCGCUUCUUCUAACUCAUCCAAACACUCUUCAUAAGCUAAGAUGUGAAAUCGACGACAAAAUUGGGCACAAGAACUUGAUUAUUGAAUCGGAUAUUGUCAAAUUGCCCUACCUCCGUUGCAUAAUUAAUGAGACACUUAGACUCCGACCAACUACACCACUUCUACUUCCACAUUAUUCAUCCGAAGAUUGUGUAGUAGGAGGAUAUGACAUCCCAAAGGGAACAACACUUAUUGUUAAUGCUUGGGCAAUUCAAAGGGAUCCGAUGUUUUGGGAUGAUCCUGAAGAAUUUAAGCCUGAAAGGUUCGAAUCGGUUAUGGCGGGUGGUCACGAUAGUUUCAAGUUCAUCCCUUUUGGGAUGGGAAGGAGGGAAUGUCCCGGAAAUAACAUGGGUUUAAGGAUGGUGUCUUUGGCUAUCGCGACACUUGUACAAUGUUUCGAGUGGGAAGUAGUUGGAGAAGUUGUUGAUCUUCAAGAUGUAUUGUAUAGCCCUAGAAAAUUCUUGACUGACGAUCUCUUCUAACUAAAUAAUGCUUGAGAUUGUCAUGUGAAAAGUCAAGAUGAUUAAGUAUAGUUGUAUAAUAAAU